AUGUCUCCCUCAACCUUAACUGGUUCAGUCGUCAGGAACCCAUCCCCAUCCCAGUCUCCCUCACCACGCGAACCCGGAAAUUUCGACCUCGCCACGCUCAAAAGGCAAUUCCAAAACCUCAGCGAAGCCUUCAUCCAACUCCAAGCGCGCCAUGGGAAGGAGUUGGAAGAAACCAAGAAAGCCUUCUCGGACCUCCGGGAAGAACACAACGACUACAAGAAAGCCUUCUCUGACCUCCGAGAAGCACACAACGAAUCCAAAACCACCGUGCACUGGAGACUCAAGAAAAUUGAAGCAGAUCUGGCCAAAGCUUUUCUGGAAAUCAACAAGAUCCGAAUGCAUAUGCAGGAAAACUUGAAUCGGCAAGCAAUCGAUAUAAGAAAGAAUGCCGAAGAGAUUGCUCUUCAUGCCAAGGAGGAAUGGCAAGAUGCUAGUUCGGAUGGCUCGUCGGUCAUAAGGAGCCUGGAGCAGAAGAUGACGGAGCUUAAGGUGGAGGUCAAGGCGCUGAAGAACAAGAAGGCUGGCCAACGGAAGAGUCUUGCCAACGAGGAUAGGAAACUCGGCGACGCAUGA